AUGUCGAUGCUCGGCUCGCUUGGCUUUGGCCUCACUACCUCCUCGGUGUUUGAAUCUCGAGGCAAGCAUGGAUUUUCUUGGCUCUCACCGUCCCAUAUGUGUUAUAUGAUAGAGCCUCCGAGACCUGCUGAAUUUGAUUCAAAGUUGUGUGAUUCAGUACUGGAUGAUUUACAGAUGAUGUCAGAUAUGGAGGAGAGUUCGAUGAACGUCGACGGUGUUAGUGGCUCUCGUUCAGUUGAAAUAACUGAAUUAGAUGCAGCGAAUGGGAAUAUUGCAGUGCAGAUUUCGAAACUGGAUUUGAGUGGGAUCAGUGAUUUGGAGCACGAAAAUGAUCAGUCGCCGGGUGAAGUUGCACAAAACGAUGAGUCUUCUUUAGUAAAGGUGGAGCAUUUACCAGAAUUGAGCAGUCCACGUUUUAUUUGGUUUUUGUGUCUGAUGACUCCCUUGUUGUCGUUAGUCAUUAUUCCAGAUAGUGGGCGUAACUUUUUAAUUCCUACAGGCUAA